AUGCCAGCACCACUGCCCCUCAAUGGUAGCGCAGCUGUUGCGGCACACAACACGGGAAUGAAGUACGCGAAUAGCCAUGUUUCUGGCCGGCAGACACCGCCCAGUAGACCCUCGUCUGCUGCAUCCCAUCGGCGUUCGCUAACCAUCUCCAGAGGCAAAACGGUCUCGAGUGUGCUGAUCACGUCCGCGUUGGAGACAAUUGCAGCGUCCAAGGAUGCGAAGCGGUCUGUUCCGUUGCGGGAGAGUGUACAACGGGCCCUCGAGUUGGUCAAGACUGGGCAAGGAGGAGACCGUCCUCGCGAGAUCUUCGAGCCUUUGCGCCUGGCAUGCGAAACGCGUAACGAGAAGCUCAUGGUCGCUAGUCUGGACUGUAUCUCCAAGCUCAUCUCGUACUCGUUUUUCGUGGAGAACACCGACUCGCAACCACUACCAUCCCCUCCUCCCUCGCCCGCAGCGAAUGGCAGGCAUUCUAUUUCCACCGGCUCGAAUGUCAACCUUCCGGCCAUUUCACUUGUCGACAUCGUCGUACACACCAUUACGUCCUGCCAUUCCGAAACAACCCCAGACCCGGUCUCGCUCCAAAUCGUGAAAGCGCUCCUCGCUCUCGUCUUGUCCUCCACCAUCCUUGUCCAUCAAUCCUCUCUCCUCAAAGCCGUUCGGACGGUCUACAACGUCUUCCUGCUCAGUUCCGACCCUGUCAAUCAGACCGUAGCACAAGGCGGCCUCACGCAGAUGGUGAACCAUGUCUUCAGCCGCGUGAUGCUUGAGCCCUCGCUGUCUCGCAGCGAGUCUACUACAACCUUGAACUCCAAGAUCGAGGCGCCACGGAGGCGGCCCUCUAUUCAGUCGUCGCGGAACUCGAUGCAAGCACCGCAGAGUCCACCCGCGAGCAUCCGGGUUUCCUCGCUCGCUGGCACCGAUUAUUCAGGGUCCACGCUCCCUGGCGAGGCUUCGCAUGAGGGAGCUGGGGAUGCAUCAUCCCACGAGGACGUUGGUGACGACCAACUAAAUGGGCAUUCGAACGGCGACACUCAGGAACAUCCAUAUCCGGCAGUAGAACCGUCAGAGAUGGCCCCAAGUGAAGCCGGCCACGACGACGACUACGACGCAAGCAAGCGACUCUCAACCAACGAUUUGUUUAUCAAGGACGCAUUUCUUGUGUUCCGUGCACUCUGCAAGCUCACGAUGAAGCCGCUCAAUUCAGAGAGUGAGCGCGAUCUCAAGUCGCAUGGCAUGCGAUCGAAGCUACUCUCUCUGCAUCUCGUCCUGAGCAUUCUGAACACCCACAUGCCCCUCUUCGUCUCACCAUCUGCUAUCAUCCACUCAAGUUCCUCGCAUGAGGCCACGACAUUUGUUCAAGCCGUCAACCAGUACCUGUGUUUGUGUCUGAGCCGUAAUGCCGUCAGCCCCGUGCCGCAGGUCUUCGAAAUCAGUGUGGAGAUUUUCUGGAGGGUCAUCUCGGCUUUGCGGACGAAGCUCAAGAAAGAGAUUGAGGUCCUGCUCCACGAGAUCUUCAUACCGAUCUUGGAGAUGAAGACAUCGACGCUGAGGCAGAAGGCAGUGAUUCUCAAUAUGCUUCACCGACUCUGCCAAGAUCCCCAGGUACUUGUCGAGAUCUACCUGAACUAUGACUGCGACAGCGAGGCGGUAGACAAUAUCUACGAGCACUUAAUGAACAUCAUCUCCAAGAUCGGGACCGCACAGGUGUCGCACACGCAACAGAAGGGGAACGACCCUACGAGUCCGACCCCUACUCCUGCACAGAGGGCUCCGAGUCAGUCGGCCGUGCCUCCGUCUCUGAGCACGUCAGCACUCGCUGGCCCGGGAGCUACAGACAUAUCGUCCAUGGGCUUGUCAGAACAGCACCUGAAGCGACAAGGCUUGGAGUGUCUCGUUGCUGUGUUGAAGUCGCUGGUAGUUUGGGGUACCGCUGGGUCCGACAACAACAAACCUGAUCAUGCCCCGCCUGAACCCAGUGCUCGCUCUGCCGUGCCUGAUGAGAUGAAGCGCGACAACUUCACCCCAGACUCAUCUUCCUUGGACCUCAGACCUGGGCCUCCUAGCGCAGAUCCGACACGGCAGCCCACUCCUGAAGUCGUGGACGAUCCCGGCAAGUUCGAGAGCGCGAAGCAGAAGAAGACGACACUUUUGGAGGGCAUCAAGAAGUUCAACUACAAACCGAAGCGGGGAAUUCAAUUCUUCAUCGAGGCUGGCUUCAUCCCGAGCGAUGCGCCGAAGGACAUCGCCAAGUUUCUGCACGAAACCGACGGGCUCAGCAAAGCUAUGAUCGGCGAAUAUCUGGGCGAAGGUGACGAGAAGAACAUCGCCAUCAUGCACGUAUUCGUCGACAUGAUGGAGUUCCGUGAUCUCGCGUUUGUCGAUGCUCUCCGGACAUUCCUGCAAGCCUUCCGGCUACCGGGUGAAGCGCAGAAAAUUGACCGCUUCAUGCUCAAGUUCGCUGAGCGGUAUAUCGCCGGAAACAUCCAGACGCCGUUCGCCAACGCAGAUGCCGCAUACAUUCUGGCAUACUCUGUUAUCCUUCUGAACACCGACGCCCACAGUCCGCAGGUCAAGCGCCGCAUGAGUCUUGCCGACUUCAUCAAGAACAACCGUGGCAUCAAUGAUGAUGCUGACCUUCCGGAAGAGUUCUUGUCAGCAAUCUACGACGACAUCGUCUCCAACGAGAUUCGUAUGAAGGACGAGGUCGAGGCUAUGCCUAUGGUUGCGACCCCGGGGCCUGGUCUGGCCGGUGCUCUUGCGAACGUCGGCAGGGAUUUGCAGAAGGAAGCCUAUAUGAUGCAGUCGAACAACAUGACAAGCAAGACAGAGGCUUUGUUCAAGACGUUGAUGCGGUCGCAGCGCAAGGGCUCUAAGUCGAACGAGCAGUUCUUCAGUGCCUCGCAUUUCAUUCACGUUCGACCCAUGUUUGAAGUCGCCUGGAUUCCAUUCUUGGCAGGGAUCUCAGGACCUCUGCAAGGUACCGAUGACUUGGAAGUCGUCGAGCUCUGCUUAGACGGUUUCAAGAACGCCAUCCGGAUAGUUUCCUUCUUUGACAUGGAGCUGGAGCGCAAUGCCUUCGUCACCACACUCGCCAAGUUCACCUUCCUCAAUAACCUGGGCGAGAUGAAGACGAAGAACAUGGAAGCCAUCAAAGCGCUGCUUGACGUUGCCGUCAACGAGGGCAACAACCUCAAGGGCUCUUGGCGUGAAGUGCUUACCUGCGUCAGUCAACUUGAGCAUAUGCAGCUCAUCAGCAGCGGCGUCGAACUGCCCGACAACGGUCGCAAGAGUCGUUCCCGCAAACCGCCCACCGAAGAGCUUGCCAACGAGAGUAGAUCUACGCACAUCACUGUCGCUGCUGACAUGGUCUUCUCUCUAAGUCAUUAUCUCUCUGGAACCGCAAUUGUUGACUUCGUUCGGGCACUAUGUGACGUUUCAUGGGAAGAGAUCCAAUCCUCGGGUUUGUCACAACAUCCCCGUCUGUUCAGUCUACAAAAGCUCGUCGAGAUCGCGUACUACAACAUGAGCCGCAUCCGUCUCGAGUGGUCCAAUUUGUGGGAGAUUCUCGGCGAACACUUCAACCAGGUCUGCUGUCACAAUAACCCGCAUGUCGGCUUUUUCGCGCUGGAUGCUUUGCGACAACUGGCCAUGCGUUUCCUGGAGAAGGAGGAGUUGCCACACUUCAAGUUCCAGAAGGACUUCCUUCGGCCGUUCGAGUACACCAUGUCACAUAACUCAAAUCCUGAUAUCCGUGAUAUGGUGUUGCAAUGCUUGCAACAAAUGAUCCAAGCGCGUGUGGGCAACAUGAGAUCAGGUUGGAGGACGAUGUUUGGCGUGUUUUCAGCUGCAUCGAAGGUCCCGACUGAGCGCAUCGUGAACUCGGCAUUCGAGCUCGUCACUCGCGUGAACAAGGAACAUUUCUCGGCCAUUGUUCGUAACGGUGCAUUUGCCGACCUGACCGUAUGCAUCACGGACUUCUGCAAAGUGAACAAGUAUCAGAAGAUCAGCCUUCUGGCCAUCGCCAUGCUGCGAGGAAUCAUUCCUAUCAUGCUCAAUUCGCCCGAGUGUGGCUUGAACGUAGAAGUGAACGACACGGAUCGCAGCACUGACGAUCCUAUGAUCAAGUUCUGGUUCCCGGUGUUGUUCGGUUUCUAUGAUGUCAUCAUGAAUGGCGAGGACCUGGAAGUACGACGACUGGCACUCGAUUCCCUCUUCUCCACCCUGAAAACCUACGGCAAGACCUUCCCUGUCGAUUUCUGGGACACUGUCUGCCAAGAGUUGCUCUUCCCGAUCUUCGCCGUUCUAAAAUCGAGUCAAGACAUGACGCGCUUCAAUACCCAGGAAGACAUGAGUGUCUGGCUUUCAACGACCAUGAUUCAGGCAUUGCGUAACUUGAUCGACUUGUACACAUUCUACUUCGAAACGCUAGAGCGCUUCCUUGACGGGCUGCUCGACCUUCUGUGCGUUUGCAUUUGCCAAGAGAACGACACGCUCGCCCGCAUCGGAACUAGCUGCUUACAACAGCUGCUCGAGAAUAAUGUCAAGAAGCUUAGUCCUGCCCGGUGGGAGCGCGUCGCUACUACCUUCGUCAAACUCUUCAGGACAACGACACCGCAUCAGCUAUUCGAUGACAAUUUGCGAGUAGAAUUGGACGGCAGCACUCCAGAUCUGUCCGAUUCAAAUGAAUCGAAUGGACAGACCAUCGUGCCUGCGCCUCUUUCGCCCAAUACCAGUGGACAGCUCAAGGCCGGCGUGAAGAUCACGCUCAAUGAUCGCCGACGGAUAUUCCGACAGAUCAUCGUGAAAUGCGUCCUGCAACUUCUGCUCAUUGAGAUGACCAACGAUCUCCUGAGGAAUGACGAAGUCUACAUGACCAUGCCGCCGGAGCAUUUGCUCCGUCUGAUGGGUGUUCUCGAUCAUAGUUACCAGUUCGCGAGGAUGUUCAACGAGGACAAGGACCUACGGACUGGCCUCUGGAAAGUUGGCUUCAUGAAGCACUUGCCUAACCUUCUCAAACAGGAGUCCAGUAGCGCGUCGACUUUGGUACAUGUACUCCUUCGCAUGUAUUACGACCCCCGCCCCGAACAUCAAACUGCACGGCCACAAGUCAUGGACCGGCUCAUGCCGUUGGGUCUGGGUGUUCUGGGCGACUACAACAAGCUCCGGGUCGAUACACAGUUGAAAAACAUCAUGGCAUGGACACCUGUCGUUGCCGAGAUCAUGCAGGGCUUUGUCCGCUUAGACGACAAGGCAUUCGGGAGAUAUAUGCCGGCCAUAUACCCUUUGGCGACUGAUUUGCUCUCUCGGGAUUUGGCAACAGAGGUUCGGGAUGGUCUACGGGAGUACUUCAAGCGGGUCGGAUACAUUCAGGGCAUCAUGGAACGGUCAUAGCAUACUGUACAUUCACUUUAGCAUCUACUUAUUAUUAUGCUCAGC